GGAAACAAAAAACAAAACAAAAAAGACAAAAAAGGCUUUGGAUUUCUCUUUCUCAUCCACCUCAACCUCCGCGCUGCGCAGAAUGGAGAACAAGAAGAAAAAAGAUGUGAUUCGAUUGGAACGUGAAUCUGUGAUUCCAAUUCUAAAGCCCAAACUCAUCAUGACCUUGGCGAACCUCAUUGAACACAGUUCUGAUCGGGCUGAGUUUCUGAAGUUCUGCAAGAGAGUUGAGUACACAGUUCGAGCUUGGUACCUCUUACAGUUUGAGGAUUUAAUGCAACUUUAUUCACUGUUUGACCCUGUACAUGGGGCUCAGAAACUGCAGCAGCAGAAUCUAUCUCUUGCUGAGGUUGAUUCACUUGAACAGAACUUCUUGACAUACCUAUUGCAGGUAAUGGAGAAGAGCAACUUUAAAAUCACCACAAAUGAUGAGAUUGAAGUUGCACGCUCUGGCCAGUAUCUUCUAAAUCUUCCCAUUAUGGUUGAUGAAUCUAAGCUUGACAAGAAGCUCUUAAAGAGUUAUUUUGAAAAGCAUCCGCAUGAUGGCCUCCCAGACUUUGCUGAUAAGUAUAUUAUCUUCAGACGUGGGAUUGGAAUUGAUAAAACAACCGAUUAUUUUUUCAUGGAGAAGGUUGAUGUAAUCAUUGCCCGUCUUUGGAGAUUUUUGUUAAGAAAAACUGGACUUCAAAAACUUUUUACCGGAAGAUCAAGCGAACAACAGAAAAAAGACCCAAAGAAGGAUGAUGAAAUUUCCUCUGAAGCUAGUGGAGAAGCUGUAGUAGUUGAGCGGAAACGACUUGAAAAUAUGGAUUUGAGUAUUAAGAAUCUACUGAGCAGGACCACAAUCCAAGAACCUACUUUUGACAGGAUGAUUGUUGUUUACAGGAGGGCAAGUACAACACAAAAUACAGAACGGGGAUUAUAUGUGAAACAUUUCAAAAAUAUUCCAAUGGCUGAUAUGGAAAUAGUUCUUCCUGAAAAGAAAAAUCCAGGAUUGACUCCAAUGGACUGGGUCAAGUUCCUUGGCUCUGCUGUGGUUGGGCUGGUUGCUGUGUUUAGUUCAGUUGAAAGGCCUACGGCUGAUCUCUGGGUCCUUUUUGCCAUUGUAUCAACAGUGGUUGGUUACAUUGCUAAGACAUACUUCACGUACGUGUUUUCUUAUCAAUCUGAUCUUGUAAAUUUGUUCGUCAUUGGUAAUGUGUUGUUAUUCACUUUCGUUAUGUAAAAGCCGUGAUUUCAUCACAAUGUCUGAUGCACACCAUUUGAUUUGUCCAUGUGGAAACAUUCAAACAUGACUUGGUAACUUGAUUUUCCUUCUUAAUACUCUUCCUGUGUUAAUCCUAAUCUUGGGUACAACUCUCAGGUAAAGGUCUAAUUCCAAACCAAGGGCUUUGCUUUAAUAUUAUCAAGUUAGACAGCCACAUGAGAUAGGCAGGCUGCAUGAUGAUAAUCUGGUGGUUCUGUUUCUUUAGGUUGUUUCAGAUUUUUAAACUGUCAAUUUGGAUUUGAAUUUCCCUUCAGGUUUCAGCAAAACUUGGCUGUCUAUCAGAAUUUAAUUACACAGUCCAUGUAUGACAAACAACUGGAUAGUGGAAAGGGCACUCUUCUUCACCUGUGUGAUGAUGUCAUUCAACAGGAAGUGAAGGAGGUAAUUAUUGCGUUCUAUAUACUGAUGGAGCAAGGUAAAGCUACUAGUGAGGAUUUGGACAUGCGGUGUGAGGAACUAAUCAAAGAACAGUUUGAUGAGAGCUGUAACUUUGAUGUGGAAGAUGCAGUUCAAAAGCUUGAGAAGUUAAAAAUUGUUAGUCGGGAUAGUAUUGGACGAUAUUACGGCGU